GAAAUCAAUGUCCCAUGCUUAUUACACUGAAUUAUGGCUCGUCGCACGAAACGACUUAGACAAGUUGAUAGAGUUGGAUCGAAGACUGCAACAGCAAACAAAUACAAAAAAUAGACAACAUGUAUUGAAUCUACUGCUUCCAAUGUAUCUCAGAUAUCGCAAUUUGGUCAAGAGACUGAUAGUUUGUCAUGAUCAAAUGGUUCAGACGCAGAAACGAGACCUGAUAAAACGGGUUCUAGAUUGUACGGUCGGCCGAAUGCUAGAAUACAAGCGAGAGAUCGUUAACUUGGACUAUAACGAUUAUCAAUGGCCUGAUGACUUUAUGAACCAAUUUAAGUAUACGCCGGACGAUGUGGAAAUUCUUGUGUCCGCGUCGGGCAAAGACAUCGUGGAACAACGUAGAGAACGUAUUCAGAAACUGAUGGAAGACGCUUACAAAACACCCGAAGAACUUGAGAGCGAAAUACUUCCUGAGGAGUAUGUAAUGGAGACGAUCGAAUAUCAGGAAGACGCGCCAAAAUUGCGGAGGAGAAGAGUUAAAGAAAAAACCUCAGCACCGUCGCCUAUCCAAGAAUCACCAGAAAGAAUAGCGGCUCGAAAAGCUCAAGAAGCUCGAGAAGCUGCUGAACGAACCAUGCUGGCAGCGAUAUUGCUCAUUCAAUCUCACGAAAGAGCAAGAAUGGCUCGUUGUGCUGGAAUAGACGCGCAACGAAUGUAUGAUUAUGGUAGGAAAGUACAGGCGGGAACGAUCGUGUCGAAAAAAUUGCACAAAAGUACGUACGAGAAUGCUGCGAAAACCAUACAGCGAGCCUGGAGAAUAUACGCAGCGAGGAAGAGGAUGAGAAAUCGGAUCGCGCGUACGGAAGAAUUGUUAGGUAUGACGAUACCUAGCUGGAAGUCACAAGAAGUUUUUGAGAAAGAUAAAAAAAAUUUUCAGAAGAAAUUGACGUUAAUGCCGGUGUUUGCUGAUAGAAUCACGAAAGAGUCAGAGAAGGAGCGAGCAAGAUUAUGGAAAAUCAGAGGUCCUGGUUUGGUGGAGGAUAUAACUGACGAGAUUCGAGAAUGGUUCAUAUUAUGGUACGAUGAACUAGGACAUUUCUACGUGUAUCCAGCUGCAAAUUUAGGUGGCAGCGUGCUAAUCGCAACCGGACAAACUUUAACACCUCAAGAAUAUCUUGUGGAGAAAAUGUCCAAAGGAGCGAAAGAAACACCGGCUACGAAGGCUAAACCUAAGAAAUACCAGUCUUUGAUACCACAAACGAAGACAUUCUCUCUUCUUCAUGAAGCCAAUCAAUACUUUAUUAAUAACUGGAGCUUUCGAUAUCAUUCGGAUGAUCAUCGAGAGAAGAUAUACCACGAUUUGAUCAAGGACGAACUUUGUUACGAACUUCAAUUGGAAAUGAGGAAAAUAGUCGAUGAAUUGAUGAGACUGGAGUUGCAAAAAUUAAAUGCAGCACUGAAAAAGGACUAUGCGGCUGAUAAACGGAAACUUGAUAUACCUACUGACAAAAAAAGAAGAGCUAGAAAAAACAAGAAACAAAAAACCCCAGUGAAUGAUGAAACAGUGGAAGAUAAUUUCAAAGAGUUGGUCAGAGCUAACAUCAUUAGAGAUUAUACCAGAACAUCCCUCAAGGAUUGGAUAGGUGAUCUUUCCUAUCAAAAUUAUGAAGCAGCUCGUGAACUACAAGAUUAUAAGCAUCGAAUGGGUGAAAUUAGACAAGUAGUCAUGGAAUACUGCGUGCUUCCCCUCAGUUCGAAAGAGAUUCAUCAAGUCGCGCCUUUAAUCCGAGCUGUUUGUAUCUAUGGUCUUGCUCGACAUGGGAAGAACUUUCUGGUGAACGCAAUCUGUUCCGAGGUUGGAGCAUUGCUAUUCGAUAUGUCGCCCACGGUAUUGGUAGACAAGUACACGGGACGAAAGAACGAACGCAAAUUAAUCAAUAUGAUCUCGAGUAUAGCUCGAGCGUACGCCCCUUCUGUGAUUUUCAUCGAGAACGGUGAAAAACCUUGGCUGAAACAAGUACCUCGGGAAGACAAAUAUCUGAACCCAAAACGAUUUGCUAUAUACUACCCUAAAUUGGUGAAAAGUAUCAAGCGUGGUGAUCAGAUCCUAUUUCUCACGACCUCCUCGGAGCCAUAUAAAGCAACAAGACCCUUCAUCAAGAUCCACGACAAGUUCAUAACGAUUCCUCUCACGGACUACAACACGUUGUAUAUGUUUUAUAAAGAUCUGCUGAUGAAGUAUCACGGAGUUGAUCGCAACAUCGAUGUCUCCUCAAUGGCUAAGAUGUCCGUGGGCAUUCCGUUGGAAUUUAUAAGAGACGCGGUGAAAAAUGUCCUAAAUCUUCAUCGAAGGAUCACGUUGAGGAUCAAACCAUUAACCGUGUCGGAGAUUAUGGAAGAAGUGUUGAAGUAUGAGCCUCCUCAAGCGAAAACGUUGUCUGAAUUAACGAAAUUUGAAAAUCGUACGCCGCUUGGUAAGAAGAGGGCCAGGUUGUUGGCUACGGAGAAAGCAGCACGCGAGCGUGUUAAAAAAUUACAGAAUGCUCGUAGAUGAAACAACUGUUAAAAGAGAACGAGUAUAAAAUAUGGUAUUAAACAGGAAAGAUCAUGAUAAUAAUUUUCUAUUCUGCAAAGAACCCUUCACUCAGAGAGGAAAGGAAUGGAAAUGAUAGAAACUUGCCAGGUAAAACGUGGGAUGUAGGCGCAUUAAGAGACAAGGCUGUUGUAGCACUUUUAACGAGUAUUCUUUUUCACGAUGAAAAUACUGCAUUGGUUGAUAGCUGUUGCACAAUCGAGAAAAGUUAAAGUUUAAGAUAAAUUAGAAGAAGAAUGAUCCGAGAUGGACAUACUGGAUGUAAGUAUCCCUCUACAUAUAAUGUUCCAAGACAGUGACCUUUCUGGGAGAAACGUCGAAGAAGCAUGAUCAUCGAUUGAGCGAUUCCUUCUUUCUUUCGUAUCACGAUUCGCCAACGUUCGUGUCCGGACGUGAAACUGGUUUUCGUCUUCGUGGGAUGCUAAAAACGAUCAUCGAAAAACAGGAGACAGAUAUAGCGACGAAUAUCGUAAAAGACUUUAUAAAUUCGCUUAUAUUAUAGCUUCCGUUCAUAAAUUUUUAAAGGAUAUACAUAUACAUAUAUCAUUAAGGGCAUCCUAAUUUAAAAUUGGAACCUUCACACAAGUUUUAUAGAACUUUCAGAAUACAGCUUGGUCGAGUCAAAAAUAAAAUUAACGUACCAUGAAUUGAAUGAAUUUAAUAGUCGCUGGAUGUAUUAUGUAUAUUCAAUCAACUUUACUGGAAUACUCUCCACAGAUGUAGAGUAUUAAAUAAAAUUAAAAAAACUAAUUAAAGCUUUAA